AUCAUUAAUAGAUAAACAUAAAACAGCCCAGCGGUAAAUCUCGACAAAUCGGCAUUUUGGUGUCCUUAAUGUAUACCUACUGUCUAUCGAAAAAUGUUGAAUCCUGAACGACUGUUAAUGCCCCAAAUGCAUAACUAAUGAAAGGGUUUCGCGGAAACAACAUCAUGGGAUCUGAGGCACUUGGCUAAAGAUGUGUCCUACAAUUAAACUUGGACAGUGAACAGCGUACUUUGGUUAACAGUGAAUUAUGCGUGUAAAAAUGCUUUGAAAGUGGUAUACAUUUACAAGCUUAAAUUAACAUCGAACAAAGCUUGGUUAUGGCUUUGCUUUUGAAGUUAUGUUCUACACGGAGCUGUCGGAGCUUCCGAGCUAGGACGACCGUACUUAAUUUGUACUUGCGUCGGAGCUUGAGCAUCGGAAAUGACAAGUUCGAGAGAUGGAAUUUCCGAAAUCGGACCACAAUUUACUAUACAAGCUCAGUUAUAUUCCUUGUCAGUGGCCUGAGUUAUGCCGCAGUUCCACUCUACAGAAUAUUCUGUUCGCAAAGUGGACUAGGAGGACAAGCAACACUUUUAGGAGACAAUGAUCCCUCGAAGAAAGUUGCAGAAAUGAAUGUCGUUCCCCAUCGGGAAAUUAAAGUCAACUUUCAAGCAGACACUGCGUCCGGAAUGAAGUGGAGCUUCCGACCGCAGCAAUCUGCAGUAUACGUCCGUCCCGGUGAGACUGCACUAGCAUUUUAUUCCGCAAAAAAUCCGUAUGAUGAACCCAUUGAUGGAAUCGCUACAUAUAACGUACUGCCCUUUGAAGCUGGCAAGUACUUUAACAAGAUUCAGUGUUUCUGCUUUGAGGAGCAACGUCUUAAUCCAAAUGAAGAGGUAGAUAUGCCCGUGUUCUUUUACAUCGACCCGGACUAUGCUGAAGAUCCAGGACUGGAAAAUAUCAAUGAUAUCACACUUUCGUAUACUUUCUUCCAAAGUAAGCCUGGGUUUAAACUGCCUAUACCCAGAACAGGCUAGUGACACAGCAACGGAAUCACAACGUGACAUGUUGUUGAAACUGUUGUAAAUUAGGCCUUUACAUCCGAUUAAAGGAAGCCGGUUAAGUCGCGUGGACCGUGUACUUUGGGUUAAUUUCUGUUUCAAGCAACGCAUUAUUGUGCAUAUAGCUUUAGAACAGAAUAUAAAUACAAAAUAUAACAUGUUAAGCUUGAGCCCUAGAAAACUAUUGUUUUUUUUUAACAGCCAAGUAAUAUAUAAGAGAGUUUCUAGGCGUCGUAUUUCCAUGCCAGGACAUAUGAAUAUUGACUCCAUUAAUGUCGUAAAAAUAUUAAUUAAAAAUGUCGAUUGUAAGUUUACCAGUAAACGUAUAAUAACUAAAGAAGGUGUAAUAUAUAUAAAAAGUAGGUCAAAUAAGUAAUAUACAUAAAAAGACCACACGAUUGUAUACAGGUAACACAGAAAUAUCUAGUUUUUCUGAAAAAAGGCUUACCUUUUACUUAAA